CUUCUGGGAGAUGUAGUAUAAUUGGCUAGGGGACUAUAUUUCCCAGCGUGCAGGGCGGCACGGCCCUACGAUUGGCUAGUCAAUGUUUUUGAGGAUGAUGGCGGUCGGGGCGGAUGUGACGGCAGUGAAGUAGCCGGUGGUUUCCGGCAGCCCCGGUCGGUGAAGGUCGGACUGAUGGCGACGGUGGCAGCGGCGGGCGUCCUGCUGAGGGCGGGUGUUCGUCCGAGCCGCGCUCUGCAGCUGCUCCGGCGGAACCUGGGCCCCGCUCUCAUUGCCGGCUCCAUACCUCACAGGGGUGCGAGACAGUGGCAGCCUGACCCAGAAUGGCUGCGGCAGUACGAGGGUGCGGUUAUGUACCCAACCGAAAUUACUGCCAAAUGGAAACCACCCCCCUGGAACGACAAGGACCCCCCCAGAGACAGGAAGGUGAGCAACUUUGUCAUCAACUUUGGUCCCCAGCACCCGGCGGCCCAUGGGGUCCUGCGUCUCGUCAUGGAGCUGAGCGGGGAGUCAGUGAAGAAAUGCGACCCGCAUAUCGGCCUCCUGCACCGGGGAACUGAGAAGCUCAUUGAGUACAAAACCUACCUGCAGGCUCUCCCCUAUUUUGAUCGUCUCGAUUACGUCUCCAUGAUGUGUAAUGAGCAGUGCUAUUCCCUAGCUGUGGAAAAGCUGCUGAACAUCCGUCCCCCGGUUCGCGCCCAGUGGAUCCGAGUCCUUUUCGGUGAACUGACCCGGAUUUUAAACCACAUCAUGGCCGUCACCACCCAUGCCCUGGAUAUUGGUGCCAUGACCCCCUUCUUCUGGAUGUUCGAGGAGCGGGAGAAGAUGUUUGAGUUUUACGAGCGAGUUUCCGGAGCUCGGAUGCACGCUGCCUAUGUCAGACCCGGUGGGGUUCACCAGGACCUACCCCUGGGUUUAAUGGACGACAUCUACGAGUUCAUCAAGAAUUUCUCCAUCCGUAUCGAUGAGGUUGAGGAGAUGUUCACCAACAACAGGAUCUGGAAGAAGCGCACAGUGGAUAUUGGCAUCAUCAGUGCCGAGGAAGCUUUAAACUAUGGAUUCAGUGGUGUCAUGCUCCGCGGAUCCGGAAUCAAGUGGGAUCUCAGGAAGUCUCAGCCUUAUGAUGUUUAUGACCAGGUGGAAUUUGACGUCCCAAUUGGCAGCAAAGGAGACUGCUAUGACAGGUACCUGUGCCGAGUGGAGGAGAUGAGGCAGAGUCUGCGGAUCAUCCUGCAGUGUUUGAACAAGAUGCCCGAGGGUGAGAUCAAGGUUGAUGACGCAAAAGUUUCCCCACCGAAACGGAGUGAAAUGAAGACCUCAAUGGAGUCCCUAAUUCACCACUUCAAGUUGUACACUGAAGGAUUCCAGGUCCUCCAGGUGCUACGUACACCCGCCAUUGAGGCUCCUAAGGGCGAGUUUGGAGUUUACUUGGUUUCGGAUGGAAGUAGUCGUCCAUAUCGAUGCAAGAUUAAAGCACCAGGGUUGCCCACUUGGUAAGUUAGGAAGUGUA